AUGACCAUACCGGAGCUCAUCUUCCCCGACCAACUUGACAUUCUAAGACCCACGGUCGAGCCAGACUUAGCUUGGGCCGUGAAGAAACCGAAGACGGACAUGCUUUCUCAUCCGAAGGACCAUCCGGACAGUCCCGCAAGCAUACAGCUCUUCAUAUGGAAAGCCAUCAAUGGGGCUUUACCCACUGGGGAAAAUCUUCAGAAGAGAGGGAUGAUGCAGAAUACUCUAUGUGUACACUGUCGUCUCACAGAAACUACAGAGCAUCUCCUCCUCCACUGCCCUUUUGCAAGACAGGUAUGGAACCUAGUACCGCUCGCAUCUCCUAUAGACCCAGAUGAUUUCCCGUACCUCAUAUCAGCUGUCGGAGCAGCAACAUCGUGGCUCUGCCUACCGCCCUGUGGUGUCUUAGGUGACAUCUUCUCUUGGGUGGUGUGGAAUCUGUGGAUCACUAGAAAUCAGCUUGUGUUUGAAGCGCGCCCUGCAUCUGUGGAAACUACGGCUUUAAAGGCCUUGAUGGGUGCUCGGGAAUGGACACAAGCUCAAGAGCCUCCCUCGAAAGCAACGAAGAACACUCAGAUCCAAGGAAGACCUGAAUCGAUUCCGACCGGAACAGUCGCAUGCAACACCGAUGCGGCCUGGAGGAAGGAAUCCUCUAAUGCAGGUCUCGCUUGGAUUUUCGACUCUUCUACUGCGCUGAUCGCCUCGGAUGGAUGCAAGUUUCAACCCCAAGUUUCAUCGGUUCUUAUGGCUGAAGGUUUUGCGGUGAGGGAAGCUCUCUCGCACGCCCUACACAUCGGCAUCUCCAAAAUCUGGCUUCGAUCAGAUUCUCUAUCGCUGAUCAAGGCGAUAAAUUCGGUUUCCAAGCCGAUGAACCUCUACGGAGUUCUAUUGGACAUCAAACGUCUCUCUGCUUCUUUUGAAUUCUGUUAA